AUGGCAUUCCUCUUCAUCAAACAAAAGCUCUUCCCAAGCAAGAAGGCAGACCAAACUCUCUCAGUCAAACCGCUUCUCUCAGGUAUCCCUGAUGACGAGCCUCUCAUCGGGGACUCCGAGAGAGAUUUGGAGUCCCAGAACGCUCGCUCGUAUGACACCUUCGGACGACGCCCUAGCAACGACGAAUCCACAACAACGAUAACGAGCAACAGCUGUACCCGAGCGCGCAUCAACCCGCGCAUCGUCUCAGAUGCGAUUCUCGGCCUAUCGGACGGUCUUACCGUUCCAUUCGCGCUGAGCGCCGGUCUCUCUGCUUUAGGAAACACGAAAGUCGUUGUUCUGGGCGGCCUCGCAGAACUGGCAGCCGGAGCCAUCUCCAUGGGUCUUGGAGGAUACGUCGGCGCAAAGAGUGAAGCUGAAUCUUAUCAAGCAACUGUCCGAGAAACACAACAGCUCAUUGAAACAGACCCGCAAGAAACCCACGCCCUGGUUCGCGAGACCUUCGCUCCAUACGGAUUGUCCGAUUCAGCCGUGGCGGAUAUUACACGAGAUCUGCACGCAUCCCAUGAUCGACUCCUCGAGUUCCUCCUAGCUUUCCAUCAUUGCGAGGCUGCUCCCGACUGCAACCAGGCCUGGACCUCGGCCAUCACACUUGCUCUGGGAUAUUUCAUUGGCGGGUUCAUUCCGCUCAUCCCGUACUUUAUCGUCGCGCGGGUGUUGGACGCUCUGUACUGGAGCGCCGGCGUGAUGGCUAUCACAUUGCUGGUCUUCGGAUAUGUGAAGACAUGCGUUGUGCGUGGCUGGUCGGGUCGGGGUAACGUCAUGGCUGCGCUCUGGGGAGGACUACAGAUGUGUUGUGUUGGAGGGUUAGCUGCUGGUGCGGCGAUAGGAUUGGUUCGGUUAAUUGACACGAGCAGUGGCAUGACGAACUGA